AUGUCGAUUAUUGGUUACGGUGGGGAUAAUUUUGGACGAUUUGAAUCUUCGAUCUCUAAUAUGUUCGAUGACUUCUUUAGAGAUCUCAAUACGGUCAGGCGUACUGGCGGUUUGACCACUAGGGGCAAUCGACUUUCCAAGCCUUGGGUACCUCCGCUAGAUGUUCACGAAACUGAUUCGGAAUACAUCGUCAAUGCCGAAUUACCGGGAGUUAACAAAGAACAAAUUAAUGUUGACGUUCGCGAAAAUGCCCUAGUAAUUUCGGGCGAAACAAAACAAGAUCAAAAGUAUAAAGAGGGCAACACUCACAUUCAAGAGCGUCGCUAUGGUUCAUUCUCUCGUGCGAUCUCUCUCCCUCAAAACGCCAAGUCGGAUGAGAUCACGGCCAAAUUUGAACAAGGUGUUCUUGAGGUGAAGAUUCCUAAAGGGGAAGCUCCUGGUAGCAAGAAGAUUAACGUUCAGUAA